AUGCUUGCUGACCCUGCCGAUGUGGGGUUCUAUCGAGAGUCGGGACAUCAGUUUAGGUUGUAUUUCGACGAGAUUUGCAAGGCGCAGCGAAAUGUCUACGUUGAGUUUUUGAAAGACCUUAGCGACGCCCAGAUGAUCGGUUGGACUGAGAAGCCUCUGAGCUUGGUGACCCCCUUCUUUGUGGUAAAGAAGCACGACAGGUUACGACUCAUCAUGGAUUGCAGAAACACGAACCUCCUCUUUCGAGCACCCCCUGCCCCUGAGAUGGGCACGGCUGCAGCGCGGGGCAACCUGCAGCGUCCUGAGGCUUGUCCUGAUCCCGAGGCCGGCGGAACUGACGCAUGCGGAGGUGGCGGAAGCAAACUCUGGGUAGCUCAGGCGGACGUGAAGGACUGUUUCCACUGUGUUCGCAACCUUCCAGAGCUGUGCCCGUAUUUCUGCAUGCCGCCGAUCACGGAGGGGGAGCGAGCCGACGCUGGUAUUGGGGGCCCUAGUGGCCUUGGGGACUUAGCUCGUGAGGUCUCGGUUUACCCAAUGCUGUUGACUCUUCCAAUGGGCUUCUCCUGGGCCGUCUACUUCGUCCAGCGCCUCGUGGAACACCAGUGCAGAGUUUCCCUGGCUGGGGCUGGCCUGGCUUUCAAGUUUCUGAGGGACCCGGCCCCUGCUCCAGACCUUGGGACCCAGUUGGCUGUUCUACCUUACUGCGACAACAUCAAUGUAGCGGGCAUCAGGAGGGAGGAGGUGAAGGAGGCUACGGAUGUGAUCGUUCGGAGGCUUCGUUUCGUGCAGUUCACUGUCCAUGAGGAGACCGAGCCCGAGACCCUGUCGCACUCGCUGGGUCGCGUCAUCGAUGGGGAGUCCUGGGUAGUUCGUAAUCGAUCUGAACGAGGGGGGCGUCUUCGCAAGGUCUGUGAGGCUCUUGAGGGGGGUCAACCAGUGACGGGUAGGCAGAUGAGGCAGUACCUUGGCCACGUGGUCGAUUUCUUUCUGAUUAGACGGGAGAUCCUCUCGGUGCUCAGAUAUUGCUAUGACUUUGCGCAGGCGGCAGAUAAGAAGCCCCAGAGUUCGUGGCCCUCUGCUCGGCGCGAGGUUCGCUGGAUACGCUCUCUCACUUUCAUUGGUCUCGCUCGGCUGGACAGGCCUUGGCACGACACAGCCGUGUCGACUGAUGCGCGCGAGUCUGGUGCAGGGAUCGCUGCACGUCGCGCGGACCCCGCAGAGGCCCUUGGGGAGGCACCUGAGAACCUGGAGGUUAACCCGGGGUUCGACGAGAUCCCAGAGGCCUUCAUGGACCCCAGCAAGUGGCACGAGGGCGUGACCUCGCGACUCCAGCGGCACCACCGGGGAUCCACCUCGGCGAGGCCUGUGAGCUCGGCGCCGCUGCGCCUUCAGCGCCAAGGGGCGGUGGAGCGCAUCUCGGGGCCCUCGAGGGAGAGCCGCCGGGAGAAGCGCCAGAACAUCUUCGGGGCUUUCGAGCGUCGGGCCCUGUCGGGCCAGCAUUCCAUUCUCGAACGUCACUCGAUUACGGCGCCCACGGAGGGCCUGUACACAGCCUGGUGGGAGGAGCUCCAGGAUUUUGCGGAUAUGAACGGCUACACCUUGGACAGCGUGAAGAAUGCCGACAUUGCGCUGGUGGACUUCGCGGACUACUUGUUUCUCGAAAGGUUCGAGCGGCCCGACCUCAUGAAGAUGUACGCCGCGGCCGCCUGGCACCUGGCCGGCCUGUCGCCCAUCGGGAAGUUGCGGUUCCCGCGGUUCUCCCGCGCAGCCCGGGGGCUAGGCCUGCCGGCGCCAGCGCAGACCGUUCCGCCAGUCCCCUUCGAGGUGGUGCGCUGGAUCGCUUGGCACAUAUACCACCGCCUCCAGGACUGGACCAUCCCACUCUGCCUGCUGACCAUGUUCGUCUGCUACUUCAGGCCCGUGGACGUCCACAGCUUGAGGGAGGAGGACCUGGUGCCGCCCGGAGGCUCGAGCAGCCACUGGGUGCUCAACGUGCACCCCGCGCGCCGCGGGGAGACGUCAAAGGUGGGGGUGUCCGACGAGGCGCUGCUCCUCGACUCCCCCUACCUCCCAGGUCUGGGCCCAGCGCUGCAUCGGCGACGUCGCGGCCAACGGCUGGCAAAGUUGUUCGAUGUCAGCGAGAGGGAGCUCAGCCUUCAGUGGGGCCGCUCGCAGGAGCAGCUCGGGCUGCUUCCAUCCCAGCGGCAUCGCCUGUACCAGAUCCGUCACGCGGGGCCGCCCCACGACAUCCCCAUGGGGGCCCGCACGCUCCUCGACGUCAAGCGCCGGGGGAGGUGGAGCUCGGACGCGACCGUCAAGCGGCACGAGGCGGCGCGGGUGGUGCAGCAGGAGUGGGCCAAGCUGUCGACGGCACAACAGGCCGCCGCGACUCGCGCGGCAGAGUGGAUCAGGACGCCGUGGCUCCUCCAGGAGCUGCAUUGCGGCACGCACGGGAUCCUCGACAGCGCGGGCCGCCAGGGCAUCGGGGGCGUCGGCUGGGACACGGCCAUCAGCUCAAAGGCCGACCUCUCGAGUGCGGCAGUCAUCAAGAGCAUCGCCCGCGACUUCAAAGCGGCCGAGAAUCGCUUCGGGCUGAGCGGGGUGUUCGCA